AUGGCGAGCCUUCCUCAAGAACCUACCCAAGAUGCCACCAAAACCAGCUUCUGGAUGCCUGGUAAUUACGUCCCGACGGUACGCAGAACCCAACAGUCGUACGGGGCUUGCAACGACAUCGUAGCCUGCUUCGCGGAGAGAGCCAGGGUCGAAAAAGCGUACGCCCAGCAGCUCAGCCAAUGGAGCAACAGAUGGAAGGCCAUUGUGGAUACUCGGCCGCUCUACGGCUCCCUGAUGACGGCCUGGCAGAGCUUCUUCACCUCCACCGAGCGCCUGGCCGCCCUGCACUCGUCCAUCUCACAGUCUCUCGUGGCCGAGGAAGGGGUCCGAGUCAAGACCUGGCAGAGGGAGAGCUUCCCUAAAAAACUCUUCUGCGGCUUCCGGGAAAGCUACGACACCAACGCUAGUUUCUCACGAGCGCAGAAACCGUGGAACCAAAAGCUGAGUAAGCUGGAGAAGGCCCGGGCCGUGUACCACAAGUGCUGUCAGAAGGAACAGAACGCCAUGGACAAAGAGAAACAGGCCAACGAGCAGGAAAACUUGAGUCCGGAGAAAAAGCAGAAAGUGACGGAGGCCAGAGAGGUGGCCACGGAUGCUAAAGAAAAGGCUCGGGAGCGCUACGAGAAACACCUGGAAGACGUGACUAGCUACACGCCGCGCUACAUGGAGGAAAUGGAGGUGGUUUUUGAGCAAUCGCAGGAGGAGGAGAGGAAACGCAUUAGCUUCUUAAAGCAGGCCUUUCUAUCCAUCCACAGACACUUGGAUGUCACCAACAACGAAAGCGUAAAGGAAGUGUACAAUGAACUUCACCAAACUCUGAUGGCCAUCAACGAGCAGGAGGACCUCAAAUGGUGGAAGAACAAUCAUGGACCAGGCAUGCUCACCAAUUGGCCAAAGAUACAGGAGUGGGUUCCACCUGUGAAAAAGCUGAAACGGAAGAAAAGAGAACAGAAAGGCAAAGAAGGCCGCCCAGUGAUGAUCGGAGGCGUGAAGGUACGAGCUCUGUACGACUACACGGGGGAGGAGGGGGAUGAGCUUUCCUUCAAAGCAGGUGAGGAGUUCUUGAAGGUGGAGGAGGAGGACGACCAGGGUUGGUGCCGAGGUGUCCUGAGCGGAGGGAAGGAAGGCUUCUACCCAGCUAAUUAUGUCGAACUCGUUGAAUGA